AUGAUCCAAGUUGUCUUGGUGCCAACACAGAAUUUCUUUUUUCAAACAAAAGCUCGUCAAAAGGAAUUGACCUGGGUCAUCUUUUGGGAUACUGGCGUGAUGAUCCUUCCCUUGAGAGAGAGUGAUAGAUGGAGCAGGAGCUUCCAUGCAUGUGGUAUGGUAGAUCGACACGGAAGUCUAGACUAUCCUACGCUCUCUGCCGGUUUACGUUUGUUCUGUACCAGCCGUUAUAUACAUCUACCGAUGUGUUAUGCGUUUAAAGAUCACAUGAGUUAUAUACAAUUUAAGAUUCCAUUAAGAGGACACUCCCGUAACAGAUAUCACACGAACGGGUGCCCCGAGUGUAUUUCUUUUUCCUACAAUGGAUCAAGAGACAGAAUGCUUCGCAUAAGCACCCCUACAUGCAGCUGUGCUCCUCCGGAUGGACAGAACAACACGUCAAUCCGUCCUGCAGAGCUCGGAAUAACCUUAACUCAUGCGCAUGGUUUUUCCGAGCCGGGUAUCGCAAGACAUGUUGUCACUUCUGUUUUGGAACAGAAGGCGUUUCCGAGAUGA